AUGCCAGCCACUGCACAGACCUACGACCUAGCCACGGGCUGGAGGUUCAGACGCACUGAUGAGGGCGAUGAUGCAUGGAUGCCUGUGGAGAAAGUCCCAAGCGUUGUUCAUCUGGAUUUGAUCAACAACAAAAAAAUACCUGACCCGUUCUUGGGCACGAAUGAGCUCGACGUGGAGUGGAUCGGAGAACACUCUUGGACAUACGAAACAACCUUCGACGGGCCUACCAUCUCACAAGGCAGCUCUGCGUACUUGCUUUUCGAAGGCCUCGACACUUUCGCAACUGUUCGGCUCAAUGACGUAACCAUACUGGAGAGUGACAACAUGUUCCUCAGUCAUAGAGUCGAUAUAACUGAAGCACUGAAGCCAUCCGCCGACAACAAGCUCGUUAUUGACUUUGACAGCGCCUUGCUGCGCGGGAGAGAACUUGAGAAACAACACCCUGAUCAUAAGUAUGAAGCCUUCAAUGGAGAGAGUAGCCGUCUAUGCGUUCGAAAAGCACAAUAUCACUGGGGCUGGGACUGGGGUCCAGUUCUCAUGACAGCGGGUCCAUGGCGACCUGUCCGGCUCGAGGUAUCCUCUGCACAUAUCGACAGUGUGCGAAUUGAUCACGACGUUGCCAAAAACCUAUCUUCUGUCACUGGCUCUGUUGUUACAAAUGUGGAAGGCUCGGCAGACGAGAUCACGGUCAUAGUCAGUGAUGGGGACACAGAGGUAUUUCAUACCACCCAAAAAGCUGUCAAGGGAAACAACAACAUCGAAUUCGAAAUAGAUAAUCCCUCACUAUGGUUCCCCUACGGAUACGGAGAACAAUCUCUAUACCAAUUCACCAUUCAGGCAAAGCAUCAAGGCAUCAUCUGCGAUACCUGGACAAAAAGCACGGGCUUUAGAAAGAGUGAACUCAUAAAAAAGGCAGACGAAUACGGAGAAUCGUUCUAUUUUAGUAUCAACAACAUUGAUGUUUUCUGCGGUGGUUCUUGUUGGAUCCCAGCCGACAGCCUUCUUCCAAGGAUUAACCCAGAGAAAUACCGCAGCUGGCUUGAGCUAAUGCGUGAGGGUAACCAGAUUAUGACAAGAGUCUGGGGAGGUGGUAUCUACGAAGAUGACGUCUUUUACGAUACGUGUGACGAGUUAGGCAUCCUCGUUUGGCAAGAUUUCAUGUUUGCUUGUGGAGCAUACCCCGUCUGGCCCGAAUUGAGAGAUUCCAUCGAAGCCGAAGCCAGGGACAACAUACGACGUCUUCGACACCACCCAUCAAUUAUUAUCUGGGCUGGAAACAACGAGGACUAUCAAGUUCAAGAGCAAUGUAAUCUUGAAUAUGACUACGAUGAUAAAGACCCGGAAUCAUGGCUCAAAACCUCUUUUCCUGGACGAUACUACUACGAACAUCUCUUACCGGCCGUCAUGGAAAAAGAAGCACCUGGCAUGCAGUAUUGGCCAGGAUCACCCUUCUCAAACGGCAAACUUAGCUCCGACCUGACGGCUGGUGACUUACAUCAAUGGAACGUAUGGCACGGAAGCCAAGAGAAAUACCAGCGAUUCGAUCAGAUCGGCGGACGAUUCAACAGCGAGUUCGGAAUGGCGGCAUUCCCUGUUCUUCAAACCAUCAAAGGCUUCGUCACGAAUGAAAAAGAUCUAUACCCUCAAUCGCGCGUCCUCGAUUUCCACAAUAAAGCUGACGGACACGAGCGACGCAUCGGGGCUUAUGUCUUGGAAAACUUCCACAAUUCAUCAAACCUUGCUACCUGGGCGUAUUUGACCCAGUUGGCGCAAAGCGAGGCGCUGACUUAUGCAUACCGUGGGUGGCGGCGUCAAUGGGGAGAGAGUCGGCGAUGCGGUGGUGCCCUCGUCUGGCAGCUCAACGAUUGCUGGCCUGCAACAUCGUGGUCAAUCGUCGACUAUCAUUUGCGCAAAAAGCCAAGCUUCUAUGCUAUCAAACGAGCUCUUCUCCCGCUAGCGGUGGGCGUACAGCGCGAGCACCAUGACUGGAGUGUCUGCCAUGCUCGUCCUGCAAAGACAUCCUCCUACACGGUCUGGAUCUCGAGUAGUCUGCAGAACGAGGUCAAUGUCGAUCUCGAGCUUCGCUUUAUCUCUAUCAACACUGGAAAAGAGGUGAAGUCCACCGUUACGAAGAAUAACAUCGUCGUUACCAGCAACGGAACGACUGAUGUCCUCGCUGGCGAAGUCGAUAAUGUCGCUGACGAAGAUCAUGUGCUGGCUGUGAGAGUCUUCCAAAACGGGGUAUGCGUGUCUCGAGAUGCAGACUGGCCACAGCCUCUCAAAUAUCUGUCUUUCGAAAACAGGGGAGUCCACGUGGAAACGUCUACCGGGGGUAUUUCGGUCAGUUGUGAAAGACCUACCAAGGGUCUUGUUAUCGAGGAAUCAGAUGAGUACUCGUUGAGCGACAAUUGUUUGGACCUGAUGCCUGGGGAUGCUCAGGUUAUCAACGUCCGAAUGAGCACGCCCAAGGUACCUGAAGUUCGUAUUCGAUAUCUAGGCAUGGAUUAA